UGCUCGCUCUGCCUGGCUGCCCGCUGCCACGCUCGGUGCUGGGUGUUGUGUGCCUCGCGUCCGCCUUGUCGCCAUGGACAGACUCGUGGUCAGUGGCACGCAAGUGUCUUACAUAGGCCAGGACUGCAGAGAAAUUCCAGAGCACCUCGGCAGGGAGUGUGGACAUUUCGCAAAGAGGCUUGAUCUGAGCUUUAACCUUCUAAGGUCACUGGAAGGACUGAGUGCGUUUGGGAGCCUGGAGGAACUCAUCUUGGACAACAAUCUGCUGGGGAACGACCUCGUGUUGCCAGGGUUACCCAGGCUCCAUACCUUAACCCUCAACAAGAACCAAAUUACUGAUUUGGAGUGUCUGCUUGAUCAUCUGGCAAAAGUGACACCAGCUCUUGAGUACCUCAGCCUACUGGGUAACGUAGCAUGUCCCAAUGAGCUAGUCAGCUUGGAAAAGGAUGAGGAAGACUAUAAGAGAUACAGAUACUUUGUUCUGCAUAAACUACCCAAUUUAAAGUUUCUGGAUGCCCAGAAAGUAACUCUACAGGAACGAGAGGAGGCAUUGGUUAGAGGAGCCUUCAUGAAGGUGGUGAAGCCAAAAGCUUCCAGUGACAGUGUUGCUGCUUCUCCUGAGCUACGCUACACACCCCUGCCUUCUGCUUCCAGGGAGCUCACUAGUCACCGAGGUGUCCUGGGGAAGUGUCACUAUAUUUACUAUGGAAAAAACUCAGAGGGGAACAGAUUUAUCCGAGAUGACCAGCUCUGAAGACAAUUCUUGUAUGUCUUAGCCCAUAUUAUGAAUAAAAAUUAAAUAAAUAUAUGGGAAAAUGG